AUGCGGAAGCUGGGCCGGUUGAUCAGAUGCCGCCGGGGCGUGAAGCUGGAUGGACUCGCCAAGCUCCGAACUGUUCGAGAAGCUCCGUCGGAGUGCGUCUGUCCCCCAGGCCCCCCUGGAAGGCGAGGCAAGCCGGGAAGAAGAGGCGACCCUGGUCCUCCAGGGCAAUCAGGACGAGACGGCUACCCGGGACCGCUGGGUCUGGAUGGCAAGCCUGGACUUCCAGGCCCCAAAGGGGAAAAGGGUGCACCAGGAGACUUUGGCCCCUGGGGAGAACAAGGGCAAGAUGGAGCUGCAGGGCCUCCAGGCCCCCCUGGGCCCCCUGGGGCACGGGGCCCUCCUGGCGACACUGGAAAAGAUGGCCCCAGGGGAGCUCAAGGCCCAGCGGGCCCCAAGGGCGAGCCUGGACCGCACGGCGAGGUGGGCCUGAAGGGACCCCCAGGGCCCCAGGGUGAGCCCGGCGCCCCCGGAAAGAAGGGGGAGGACGGGGUGCCCAGCCAGCCCGGACUCCCUGGACCCCCAGGGCCCAAGGGCGAGCCGGGGACCACGGGGCCCAGAGGGCAGGACGGCGUGGACGGUGCCCCAGGACCGAAGGGGGAGCCCGGGCCUCGAGGCACCGAGGGAACCGCAGGGCCCCGGGGUGCCCCGGGCCUCAAGGGCGAGCAGGGUGACACGGUGGUGAUCGACUAUGACGGCAGGAUCCUGGAUGCCCUGAAGGGUCCUCCCGGGCCACAGGGAGCCCCAGGACCACCAGGGAUCCCCGGAGCCAAGGGUGAGCUCGGACUGCCCGGUGCCCCAGGAAUCGAUGGAGAGAAGGGUCCCAAAGGACCGAAAGGAGACGCAGGAGAGCCUGGGCCAGCGGGACCCAAAGGGGAAGCGGGCGAGAUGGGCUUACCUGGCCUUCCGGGCACCGAUGGCCCCAAGGGCGAGAGGGGAGACUCGGCGUCCGAGAGCCUGCAGGAGAGCCUGGCCCAGAUCAUAGCAGAACCAGGGCCCCCCGGGCCCCCCGGACCCCCUGGCCCCAUGGGCCUCCAGGGAAUCCAGGGUCCCAAGGGCCUGGACGGAGCAAAGGGAGAGAAGGGUGCCUCAGGCGAGAGAGGCUCCAGCGGCCCACCUGGCCCAGUUGGCCCACCAGGUCUUAUUGGGUUGCCGGGAACCAAAGGAGAGAAGGGCAGACCGGGGGAGCCAGGACUUGAUGGCUUCCCUGGACCCCGGGGUGAGAAAGGGGACCGGAGCGAGCGCGGGGAGAAGGGGGAGCGAGGCGUCCCCGGCCGGAAAGGAGUGAAGGGCCAGAAGGGAGAGCCAGGGCCGCCAGGCCUGGACCAGCCGUGUCCCGUGGGACAAGAUGGGCUGCCCGUGCCCGGCUGCUGGCAUAAGUGACCCCUGGGCCCAGCUCGCAACCUGUACAGAUCCUCAUGGACCCUUUUAAUUUUUGUAAAAAACAAAACAGUAAUAUAUUGAUCUUUUGUGGAACGCACCACUGUGGCCUGUGACCUGGCGAGUGCCUCCAGCCCGGCAGGGGCAGCUCAGUAAACGGGCAGACGGUGUGCUCUGGCGGCACUGGGGGCUCGGCGUGCCCCGAAGGCGACGACGGUGAUGGCGCCUGCUCAGCUUGGGCUUCCGGUCACCGGAUUAGCAGAGACCUGGCUGGCCACCACCGUGAGCGCUGCGCCUGAAGCCGGGAGCCUGGGCUCACACUCGAUGCGGUCAGACCUCGCUGGCCCAUGGCGGCUGUGCCCGGGCCCCUCCAGCCCCCAGCCUCGGCCUCAGCUGGCUGCCCUGGACCCUGGCUCAGCAAGGCAGGACAGGACUCCGCAGGCACUUGCCACCGGGCCAGGGAGGAGUCUGUAGAGAGCUCCCAACGAUGGCCUGGCUCCCUCCGGAAGCUAUGAGAACUUGUGUCCAGGGGCCUCGCUCUGUCAUCACUGCGGGACCUAGAGCCAGCUGCGGGAGCCCAGGGCCCCCGAGUGGGGGGAUGGACAGUCCGGGUUCCACCCACUGCUACUUCCUGGGGGCAUGGACAGUCCGGGUUCUGCCGGCUGCUACCUCCUGUGUCUUACCGCAUCACCCCGAGACGGACAGGAGGGGACACUGCUGCCCCGGAGGAGAUGGCCCCGCUGGCCCCAAGUCUCCCCGCCGGGACUGUGGUCAGCCUGGCAGCCAGGUGCCUGCCGGCCAGUUGUGCAGACAAGAUGAGGUGCCAGGCCGGUCCCCGCAAGCCUGCGCAGGCACCGCCAGCUGACAGCCCUGAGCUGUCCUCCUCCCCUUGUGUAGACGGGUUUGCUCAUGUAAUAAACACCACCUUGUGUCUG